UGUUGGUAAUCUGUCGUCGCGUUGAUUGUGUGUAAAAAUUUAUAACAAAUUAUUUUACUGUUUAUCAUGUGAAAUAGUGUUCCUUGUGUAAUUUCUGGCAUGAUAAACAUAGUUUCAUCUUAUUGCUAUUCUUCACAAUCAACAAAACAGGCCCUACUUAUGGAGAACUUGCAUAAUAGAAGCUUAGCUGUGGAGGUGACGAAUGUUAUCAUUUCCAUGUGAAUUCUUCUCAGUAUCAUGACGAUAAAUGAUAAUUCAAUUAUUUCAUACCUUCUACUCAAUACAGUUUACUUGUCUCUACAACCGUGUAAGUGUAAAUUGUGUUAACUAAGGUUAAAAGUGGGUCAAUAUAACAGACCUUGUUGAUAACAAUGAAUGAGAAAAAGUUGGUCCAGAAUUUCAAGAGCUACAUCAAUGUAUCUCCCAAGAAUAAUGCAGAGAAGAAUGGAGCCUUGCAAGAGGUGACACCGAAACUAUUAAAUGGAGAGGUGGUGGUCGGGGCAGCUCACAAUGUGGUGAUGCUUACGCCGCUCAGCCAGCGGCAUCACGACCGCGGUAGAUUCGGCAGCCUCUUCGUCACCAACUACAAGUUGUCCUUCGUGCCUCUCGAAGCGAAUACGAACGAUGAGAAAGGUGAUUCCUCGAUAGAAGAAACCUCUUUCAUGAUACCUAUGGUGGCAGGCAAAGAGUCCGAGCUCUCGUUUGUUCCUCUCGAUUUUGCACAGGAAGAAAGCGGUCAGCGCAACUUCCUACUAGGGCCUCAUGACAUCCCGCUAACAGCCGUGGGCGCUAUCUACUUGACCGACGGCGCGACCAGCCCGGUCCGCGCCAGGAGAAUACUGGUGCCUACGGGGGAAAUGCCCAAGAAGGUCAAAGGGCUACAAGUUGUUUGUAAGAACAUGCUAGUGCUAAACUUCAGUUUCGGGCAAGCGGCGGUUGGCAAGGGUCGAACCGUGGCCAUGGCGUUGCUCCACCACGCGUUCCCGAAGCGACACGACUUGCUGUUUGCGUUCGAGUGCCGGGACCUCUACUACCCGACCCUGCCGCACGACCUCAACAUGUUUGUCACGCCCGGAGAUUGGAAGCGCGAGCUCGAGCGGUGCGAGUGCCCCCACUGGCGGAUCACGUGCAUCAACGGAACCUCCGACGCCUUCAUGUUGACGGCAGGAGAGACGCUCAUAGUGCCCAACUCAGUACUGGAUUAUAGCUUGAUGGAGAGCGCUAGGCAUUUCCGAUCAGGCAGAGUCCCUAUAUGGGUGUGGGGGCGACCGGAAGGCGCUGCGUUGUUGAGGAGCGGAGAGUUACUGCCUACCGACAGCUCGGCCACCACUGAGAGUGUUUAUUUAGAACAGGUUCGACGGUCGCAUCCCAAACUAACACCUCCGCACGUGAUAUAUCUCUGUGGGAAUAGCGUCCCCGGCGCGCCGUCUCCCAACAGCCUGCCGCCGCUGCCCGCGCUGCACGCCUCCUACAAGAAACUAGUGGAGCUAUGUACACCUACUACACUGCAGGGGUUCUGGACACAAGACUCGCAAUACUACUCGUACCUGGACUCGUCGCGCUGGCUGCGGCACGUGGGCUGCUGCCUCGCCGCCGCCGCCGACGCCGCCGCGCACCUCGCCGCCAACGACACGGUCGUCGUGCUCGAGGGUGACGGCGUAGACUACUGUGCGGUGGUGUCAUCGUUGACGCAGCUACUGGUCGACCCUCACUUCAGGACCAUCACCGGCUUCCAGUCACUGGUGCAGAAGGAGUGGCUGGCCUUAGGACACCCCUUCUGUGAUAGACUAGGCCUACCCAGACCAGGCAACGGCAAAGACACAAAGGAACCUCUCGUCCAAUCACAGCUAGCGCCAGUAUUCCUACUAUUCCUAGACUGCGUCUGGCAACUCCAGAGGCAGUUCCCGGCAGACUUCGAGUUUACGGAGACGUAUCUGACCACGCUUUGGGACUGCACGAAUAAUCAUUUGUUUGACACGUUCCUGUUUAACUGCCCAAGGGAUCGGGAGCUGUUGAGGGAUAAGCAGAACUUCGUCCGGCGCCCGGUCUGGGACUGGGGCGAGCAGUUCUCGGACGCCGACAUCGCGUUGUUCUACAACCCUCUGUUCCCGCCCCCCGCCGCCCGCGCCCCGCAGCGGGCUGCUAGCACGCCCACGCAGAGGCUGUCCCGAACACCGACAAAGUCCCCGCACCCACCAGAAGCCAAGACCUUCCAGCGUCUACAACCGUGCACCUCCGUGGCGGCCAUGGAGCUCUGGUCGCAAUGCUACGAGCGCUGGUUGACCCCUCUUGAUGCUCCCGCCGUGGGUAUCGUGCAGUACCAUGUGUUCAACUACGCUGUGAGGAAGGAGAUCCGGAGGCUAGAAGAAAAGCUCAAAUCGCUUUCGAUAAUGAGCAACAGGCAUUCGAACGGCGACACCGAAACGACCGAGGCGAACCCACCGUCAGUUGUUUCACGGUUCUACCCAUUCAGCCACGAUCAUAGCAACCUCAACAGCAGGGCUCUAGACUCCAUGCAGGUCAGCCUGAUCGAUGCCAGCCAGUUACUGGACUCACAGUCCUUACUGAAUGCGCCGGAUUAAAAAGAUAAGAUUGCCGCGCUUUUUCUCUUUUUGUCUGUGCUUAGUUUGCAGGUUAUGAUGUUUUGCUGUUAUUUCAUUCAAUACGGUAAAAAUUGUUAUAAAAAUCAUGUAACUAUAAUGUGACAUUUAUGAGAUAAGAAAGACAAAAAGGGAGAAGUCGAGAUGUAGCAGGAUUCGUGCGAAAAAGUAUUAAGAGUAUAGGUAUUUUUGGAAUGGAGUCAUGGAUAAACCAUGCAUGUAAAAAAGACGGACAGAGUACGGUAUAUUUCUGAUAGUGGCGUGAAAUCGCUCUCGCGUAAUAGAUAAAAAAGAGUCCACAUUUUUUAUGUUCAUGGGUCAAAUUAAAAAUUAAUUAAAGAUAAAAAAGAGUCCGCAUUUUUUAUGUUCAUGGGUCAAAUUAAAAAUUAAUUAAGUAUUUUCUCCAAAACCCGAACAAGAGCUUGCUUAGUUUAUUGGAUUCUUGUCAUAACUAAAUAUUAAUUGUUGAACAUAUUUAAUACAUACACGAUACACAUAUAAAUAAUGAAGAAUACAAAUAUUAGAUAAUUAGAUGUGUGUAAAUUAUGUUUUAAAUAUACGAUAUGGAAUACGUCAUACUAAUUCAUGCAUAUUUUUCGCUUUAUAUAUUUCGAUAUUAUGUAUAAUUAACCUUUAUGUUAGAAGAGAACAAAGUAUACACUGUUGGUAUAUUUUUGUAUGUGAAUUGAAUAUAUUUUAAACUAAAUAUAGUGUAUGAUGUAUGUAAAUUGGUGCGCGCAUUACGAUUAGUAAAAUAAUCCCAUAUUUUAAACGAAAUCAAGAUAUUUCUAGGAUGUUGAGAUGUAUAUGUUAUGGAGUCUUGCUGAAAAUUUAGACCAAAAAUAUAAUUAAAUAGGCGUUGCACCUUACUAAAUCGGCUACAAUCAUAAAUUUAUUAUAAACUUGAAAUAAGUUAGUUAAAUCAUUCCAAUAUUUUAUUUUCUUAAGGUUUCGAUGUACCAUAAUAAAUUAUACCUUUUAACAUCAAAUUCAAAUAUACACUUUUAACAUUCAUCAUCAUUUUAGGUUACCAUUGCCUUAUAAUAACGUUUGUAUUCUUAUUUAUAAUGAUUAUAGAACUUGUUGUAAAUACGGCAGCUACGCUCGAGGCCAUUUCAUUCUAUUUAAAUGAAUAAUAUUAUUAUGUACAACGUCGAUUAAGGACUUCCAAAAUACAUAUUAUACAAAUAUAUUAUGAAGAUGUCGAUCCAAAAUGCACGAGAUUCUAUUUGUACGUAGAUAUUUGUUAGUAAAUUAUGAACUUUAUUAAAGUAUUUUCUAUUAUUUUUUAUUGCACUGUCUUUUUGUGUUUGAACUUAUCGAUCACUAUAUCCCAUUUCACUGGGGAAAGACAUCUGAUACAAACAAAAACUACCCUUAUUUGAAUGUUAUAGGGGUUCUUUAAUUCCCAUCCCAUGUCUUUCCCUGUGGAAUGGGAUAUAGUGACCAUUAGUGGUACAAAAAUAAAAAUAUCUGGAUUAAAAACUAAUUAUUUCUGAUUAUAUUGAAAAUAAAGCACAAUUUUCACCAGCCGAUUCUAUUGUAAAGUAUUAGAAAUAGAACUGUAUGUAAGUGUAUUGUAACAAUAAUUCCUUUUGAUAAUAUUAACAAUUUUACGAACUGUUAUGAAUAUAAAUAGUAAAUUAAUUUAAAAUGCCUGUGUGUUAUAGUUUAAGCCAUUAAUACAUGGACCAUUCAAUAAAUAUAUACAGAGGCCCUCUCAGUUAGCCAUAGCAGGGUUUGUGCCAUUUCACAACAGUAGCCACGGAUUUACACAAAGUAAACUAAUUCGGAGCAGUCAAUUCAUUUGUCUUCAUUUUACGCUACAUUUAAUAAUAGAAAAAUACUCCAGGCUUAUUGUACAAUGCAGUGCGCAAUUACUGCCUUCCUAUGUAUGUUAUUGUAAAUAGAUUUUGUUAUUUCUUACAUAGAGCCAAAGCAGUAGUAUAAGAAACUAACCAUUUGUCUACUGAUGUACCAGGAGUCCAUCAUUAUUUCAACUCUUCAGUUGAAUAACAAUACUUACGGUAAGUUUCUUAUACUCCCCGCAAAGCUACACCUACGUAAUUUAACUGACGGUAUUCCACAGUACCCAGUGCAAAACAAUGUUAUGUUUUAUUUGACCACUGUAUGUACCGUUUAGAUAUUGUGUUGUUGACUGUACCUGACAACGUGGAUAAACAAAUGUUCAAAUAGUGAAUGGAAUAAAAGAACAAUAAUUAUUAACGA